AUGGCUGAGGCCUCACCUGGAGAGAUUCAGCGCCUUGUGCAGUGCAUUCUUCUACUUCUAACCAAUCGCUUCAUGAUCCAACUCCAUCUCCCGUCUCAACAUGUCUCCAACUCGUCGCCGUCGUCCAUCACCAAAACCCUCCUGCUCCUCCUCCUCCUCUUCCUCCUGCUGCUCCACCCCCCGUCAGACCCUCAAACCCCCCCAGCCCAGCCGAGGACCGCAUUUCCCGCUGACGCACACACCCUCCCCAGGGCUCUGAAUACGGGCCUCUACAGGCCCUCGUUGGCUCCUGACGGGGCCCGUCUUAGCGCUCGCGGGCUGUGUCAGCUGGAAACGGAAGCCCAACCAGGGCGCCACAGCCAAUACGGCCCUGCGCCAAGUGCUGGAGCGGCCACUGAUCCGAAGGGAAUGCCUCCACUGAACUUUGUCCACCUGCGCCCAUCAUUCCAGUCCCCUGCGCUGCCACUCUACAGCAUUCAUUUUUCCAGCCCUUUGGUUCCCUCUUCCUCCCCUUCGCCUCGACCUCGCCAUUCCUCAACCUCGACUCUCGCCGCCAAAACACCAAACCCGCGUCCAUCGCCAGCCUCUGCCGCGUCGGACUUCCUCUCGCUACCUUGUCGCUUCGUUUUCCCUUGUGCUCGCCAGACACGCGCCGUCUCUUCCGUUUCCGCCGCUGCCGGGUUUGACGCAGGCGUCAAUCUUCUCUCAAGCGACCUCAACCUCGCUCUUCUUUCUUUGGCAAACUUCGUCGUACAUAUUCUCUUGACUCCUCCUCUCGCCUUCGCCGCCCGCUCCAACACGUCACAAUGGGUAAUGCUAAGCCUCCCUGCUCUCCCGCUUCCGAGCAAUCCGCCGUCUAACCAGCCCGCAGCUGCUCAAGCGCCCAUCACCACCCUCGUGCCCUUUGCCGAUCGCGCCCAGCUGCCCGCCUGCGCAGCCGCCUGCGGCCACCUCUACGAUGCCAACGGCGCCUGUGUGCCGCCCGCCAUUCCCACCAACACGCCCGCCGCCUACACGUCGUGCUUCUGCUUCGACCCUCGCCUUGCGCCCUUUUCCACCACCACUGCCGGCGUCUGCGACAAUGCCUGUACCGGCGACCCCAACGGCCUCGCCUCCAUCACCAAGUGGUACCACAGCGUCUGCAACGUCAAGAACGUAGCUGCGCCGACGACCUCCACAUCAACGACUACCACCAGCGGCGGUGCUUCCGCUCCCCAGCGGACAGACGGCGCCCCAAGCGGCGACUGGAUCUCUAACCAUUGGCAAUGGGUCGUCAUGCUCGUCAUUCUUGUAGUCGGUAUUGCCGGCAUCUGGAUUGGCGCCUGCAUCUGGCGCCGCCGCUACCUUCGCAACCGCGAGCUCCGACGACAAGCCGCCGGCAACACCAACUCCUGGGGCUCCGGCAUGCCCGCCGCGGAAGCCGGCGCAGGCAUCCCCAUGACCUACCAGGACAAGACGCAUACCGCUGCCACCCUGCCGAACUUUACUUCGACCUCCGAGAAGCGCGGCACAACAACGAAGCUGUGGCCGUUUUCCUCAUCAUGA